AUGUCCGUUAAAAGACAAGAAUCUGGGUAUGUGGACAACUGGCAGGCAAGGAAGACUCUUAAACAGUGUAAUCUGCGCAUGCUCGAAACCGAAGACUUCAGUGACGUCACCUUCCGGAUGGGGUCACAGCAACAGGUGGUCCGAGCUCACCGUUAUGUUCUUGUCAGUCGCAGCUGUGUGUUCCAUGCCAUGUUCUGUGGCCCCCUGGCGGAAAAAGGGACGGUAACCAUUCCGGAUAUUGAGGCAGACAUCUUCAAGGAAUUCUUAAGGUAUAUGUACACAGACAAGGCCCGAAUCAACGCUGAAACAGUCACGGGACUUAUGUACACAUCCAGGAAAUAUUCUCUCGAUGCACUGUACGAUCUAUGUGUAACUUUCCUGGAGGAGUCCCUGUCACAGGACAAUGUCUGCCAGAUCCUGGAGGAGUGUCAUGGUUACGGGGAGCUGGACUUGGAACAGAAGGCCCUGAAGAUCCUGACAGAAGGAGGGGAGAGAGUCACCAAGUCUCCAGGAUUUGUGGGUCUUUGUUCUGAUUGUCUAGGAAACUUCUUAAGAAUUGACACGCUGAACCUGAAAGAGGAAGAUAUAUUUGAAGCAGUGCUGUCCUGGACAAAGGAAAGAUGCCGGAAGGAAGGGGUUAGUGACACGCCUGAGAACAGACGAAUACUCUUGGGUGAAAUGAGGUAUGAGAUCCGGUUUACCAGCCUACCUCAGGAGUAUCUGGUGAAGGUUGUGGGCCCAUCUGGAUUACUGACAGCGGAGGAGAGAGUUAAAAUUAUGGACAGAUCUAUUGACUCUACUGUUGACAUUUCACCAUUUGCAGGUUUAAACCGAAAGCAAAUACAGGAACCUGAUAUUUGUAAAUACGUCAAAAGAUUUGCAACUGAACCAAAUGUCAAAUUUGUUGUGACAGGAAGUCAUGCUCUCUCGUUUUCUGUCGAUCACAGGAUUAAACUGAAAGGUUGUCAGCUGUAUGGUGGAUAUGAUGACAUGGAGGUUCCGUUGAGUAUUUCACUGUAUGACCAAGAUGAAUCAAAGAUAAUUGAACUGGACACCGAGCAGCGGCUUCUCGGGUGUGGGCAGAUGACUGACAUCCUGUUCUCCGAGUCGGUACCGCUGCAGCCAUUCACCACAUACACUCUCUCUGUGCAAAUGGACAGGCUUGACUGGUGUUACAAUGGGUACGAUGGAAAGCACACUGUAACCACUGAUGGAGUUCAGUUCACGUUUUCAGGCGCCCAGAAUUACAAUACGGAGACAACAGCUCUGAAAGGAAACAUACCUGGCUUCAUAUUCAGUAUCCCAACAUAA